GGGCCGCAGAGCGGGGACGAGCCUUCAGUGGGAGCCUCUCAUUUUCACUACAGUCAUGUGACAGCCAUAUAGUACAACUCCAUGGAAGCAGAGAGCAGACAGACGGACUGCAGCGCUGCGUGGAUGUGUCUCAAGGGUAAAUCUUGCAAAGAGAAACAUCUCAUUAUCAGAUCCAGAAGAUGAAACCGACCUUCUCCGAGCCCCCGUUACAACGGACCAUGAGCACGAAAUCCAGUAUCCAGCCUGAACAUCUUGGAUUGUUUCCUGGACGGCUACGUUUCCACUCUGGGUGUUUCAGGGUCUAACCAGAGUGGGAAGGGUGGCCUUGCUUACUUGGAUUUAUUUGGUCUACACCUCUCCACUCCAAGGACAAGUUCUCUUGCAAGCCAUUGUAAACAUAGACUCCAGAAAUCCUGCCAGAAAAGGCGAUCUUGCCAGGGAUGGUGGAUAACUCUCCAGUGAGUGGAGAGACUUUCUUUCCACACAAUUGUUUCCCACGGGCAUACCAGCAGUUAGACAUGGUCUCAGACCUGGGCUCCUACCAGGGGAUUCCAUCACCAUUUUCAGAUGAUGAUGUAAGUGUGUUAUCGAGCCCUCAUUCCUGCUCCAGCCAGGACUCCCAGGAGCUCAGCUCUAGCUGCAGUAGCAACUCCAGUGCAGAAAGCCAGGACAGCAUCCUGGACCACCUGCUGUCACAGACCUCCUUAGGAAGUGCCAGCAGUGCUUCUGCAAGGCCUGCUGCAUCUGUAUCAUUAUCACCCUUCCAAUGGGGCUCAAGGAGCGAUGAUGCCUCUAAACAUGAGCCAGUGAAGGGUGAACAUUUUGACUUCCUCACUUGGUCAAAUGUGGAGACAGAAGAACAACUUAGAGGGUCAUUCCAGCCCACAUUGGAAGAGAUUGAAGAAUUCCUUGAGGAGAAUAUGGAGAUGGUGACAAUGAAACAUGACGGGUGUGAGGUUGAACCAGAAGAAACUUUUCAUCUUAGUGGGGGUCUGGAGAGUUGCAGGGCUUCCACUUCUGGGCCUAAGUUGGAGCUAGAGACCAAGUAUUCAGACCAAACUGUCCCCACUGCCAGCACUUCUAGUCCAGCCAUGGCUGCCGCUGCUGUGGAUAAAGCAGCAUUGGUUAACCCAACACAUGACUCUGGUACAGAGGCCAAGAAAACAUCAACCAAUAAACCUUCAUUAGCAGACAAGGCCACAAAUAGCAAUGGGAUGCCAGUAAUCCUACAUAUUCAACCCAUUCAGGUUAAGCAGGAGCCAACAUUGAACCCAGUUACCCCAUCGGCCCAGCCCUCACACCCUGCCCGAGCCCCAGACAUCAAAAUUGCCCAGUUAUUGGUCAACAUCCAAGGACAGACUUUUGCCCUGGUGCCUCACAUUUUGCCUUCCCCCAGCUUUAGUGUCUCCAAGUUUGUACGGAUUGCACCAGUCCCCAUCGCAGCCAAACCUAUUGGGCUCAGUGACAGCUCUUCCAGCCAGGGAUCUGGAAUUCUCAUAGGAGGUCAAAAGUUUCAAAAGAAUCCGGUUGCAGAUCUUAUUAAAAUGCACAAAUGCUCUUUUCCUGGCUGCAACAAGAUGUACACAAAAAGCAGCCAUCUGAAGGCCCACCUAAGGAGACACACCGGGGAAAAGCCUUUUGCCUGCAACUGGCAAGGCUGUGGAUGGAGGUUUUCACGGUCUGAUGAGCUGUCUCGUCACAGGCGAUCCCACUCAGGUGUCAAGCCCUACCAAUGUCCUGUAUGUGAGAAGAAAUUCGCCCGCAGUGACCACCUGUCAAAACACAUCAAAGUUCACCGUUUUCCUCGAGGCAGCCGGACAGUUCGCUCAGUAAACUGACUCUUCUGCAGUUCCGGUGAUCACAGGAAAUACUUAGAAGGAGAGAUCAACUCCACAGACAAAUAUGCCACCGAAGCUAAAUUUGACUGUUAGGAUGUUUGCACAUUUUCAGUGCCAACAGCUCAAAACAUAUAUCUGGAUUUAAGCUGUCUAUGAUUUGUUGUAAUGAACUGUAAACCCAUGCACAGCUGAAGUUUUUGAUUUUGGUGUCUUGUGGUCACACCUGUAGGGCAGGGGUUAAAGCAAAAAUAAUCAA